AAACAAUCGACGGCAGUGGUGAUUUUGAACGGGAUGUGCACCUUUCUAUUUUCAUAAAUAAUACUUUUCAACAAUGUAUUAGGAGGGGUUUGUUUACGUUCCUGAAUACGAUGGCCAAUCAAAGAGCGCUCCCUCAAAGCAAGGAGAGUCUUCUUCAGAACUACAACAAAAGACUGAAGGAUGACAUCAGGUCCAUUCUAGAUAACCUCACGGAAAUCAUAAAAACCGCAAAGGUAGAGGACGAGACACAGGUCUCUCGGGCUACACAGGCUGAGCAGGACCACUAUGAGAUGCACGUCAGAGCAGCCAACAUUGUGCGUGCGGGCGAGUCCCUGAUGAAGCUAGUGUCGGACCUGAAACAGUUCCUGAUCCUCAACGACUUCCCUUCGGUCAACGAGGCCAUCAGCCUGCAGAACCUGCAGCUGCGCUCGCUGCAGGAGGAGUGCGACAAGAAGCUCACCUCGCUCCGUGACGAGAUCGCCAUCGACCUGUACGAGCUAGAGGAAGAAUAUUACUCCUCCAGGUACAAGUAGGCUCAUACUGCACAGUCAAGGUUCGGUUGAUCCACUCUAUCUUGACUUAUAGCCCCUCGUCCCCCUCACUGUCGUGCCUUAUGAAGGGUUUAUCUUACCCCACCACCUCAGUCAUCGCCAUUAGUCCUUUAGUGUCUCUGUGUAUUGCGUCAACUUCAAUAGAAUAUCCAAAUGCUGGUUUUAACAGCAAAAUAGAUGGUUGAACUAUGGGCAAAGUUAUUUUGCAGUACAUUCACCAUGAUGAAUCUAAUCUCAUUUGGUUGAAAAUUAAAUUAUGUGCCUUGUUUGUAAUGCCUCUGGAAGUUUUUUUUUAUAUCCUCAUGUAUGAUAGAUUGUAGGUCUCAACAUGGUAAAUGUUAUACCCAAUCAUAAGUGUGGUCCUAGGGUACACUAUAUAUACAAAAGUAUGUGGACACCCCUUCAAAUUUGUGGUUUCUGCUAUUUCAGCCUCACCUGUUGCUGACAGGUUUAUAACAUUGAGCACACAGACAUGCAAUCUCCAUAGACAAACAUUGGCAGUAGAAUGGCCUUACUCGAGCUCAGUGACUUUCAACAUGUCACCGCCAUAGGAUUCCAACUUUCCAACAUGUUAGUUCAUUACAUUUUUGCCCUGUUAGAGCUGCUCCCUGUCAACUGUAAGUGCUGUUAUUGUGAAGUGGAAACGUCUAGGAUCAACAACGGCUCAGCCGCGAAGUGGUAGCCACACAUGCUCACAGAACGGGACCGCAGAAUGAUGAAGUGCGUAGAGCGUCUGUCCUCGUUUGCAACACUCACUACCGAGUUCCAAACUGCCUCUGGAAGCAACGUCAGCUUUCCAUGGCCGAGCAGCCGCACACAACCCUAAGAUCACCAUGCGCGAUGCCAAGCGCUGGCAGGAGUGCUGUAAAGUUUGCCGCCAUUGGAGUCUGGAGCAGUGGAAAUGCGUUCUCUGGAGUGAUGAAUCAUGCUUCACCAUUUGUCAGUCCGAUGAAUGAAUCUGGGUUUGGUGGAUGACAGGAGAACGCUACAUGCCCGAAUGCGUAGUGCGAACUGUAAAGUUUGGUUGAGGAGGAAUACUUGUCUGGGGCUGUUUUUUAUGGUUUGGGGGUGAGGCCCCUUAGUUCCAGUGGAGGGAAAUCUCAAUGCUACAGCAUAUAAUGACAUUCUAGACAAUUCUGUGCUUCCAACUUUGUGGUAACAGUUUGGGGAAGGCCCUUUCCUGUUUCAGCAUCUCAAAGCACCCAUGCACAAAGCAAGGUCCAUACAGAAAUGGUUUCUUGAGAUCGGUGUGGAAGAAAUUGACUGGCCUGCACGAAGCCCUGACUUCAACCCAAUCGAACCCCUUUGUGAUGAAUUGGAAUGCUGACUGCAAGUCAGGCCUAAUCACCCAACAUCAGUGCCCGACUUCAGUAAUGCUCUUGUGGCUGAAUGGAAGCAAGUCCCCUCAGCAAUGUUCCAACAUCUAGUGGAAAACCUCCCAGAAGAGUGGAAACUGUUAUAGCAGCAAAGGGCGGACCAACUCCAUAUUAAGGCCCAUGAUUUUGGAAUGAGAUGUUCAACGAGCAGGUGUCCACUUACUGUUGGUCAUGUAGUGUAUCUAGUUGCUAUAUUCUUCCUCAGUUGUUUGUAAUAGGCUGAUGACUGAGAGAACAUACAGUUGAAGUCGGAAGUUUACAUACACUUAGGUUGAAGUCAUGAAAACUCAUUUUUCAACCACUCCACAACGUCUUUCUUGUUGACAAACCAUAGUUUUGGCAAGUUGGUUCGGACACUUUGUGCAUGACACAAGUAAUUUUUCCAACAAUUGUUUACAGACAGAUGAUUUCACUUAUAAUUCACUGUAUCACAAUUCCAGUGGGUCAGAGGUUUACCUACACUAAGUUGACUGUGCCUUUAAACAGCUUGGAAAAUUCCAGAAAAUUGACGGUGUACCUGUGGAUGUAUUUCAAGACCUACCUUCAAACUCAGUGCCUCUUUGCUUGACAUCAUGGGAAAAUCAAAAGAAAUCAGCCAAGACCUCAGAAAGAAAAUGGUAGACCUCCACAAGUCUGGUUCAUCCUUGGGAGCAAUUUCCAAACGCCUGAAGGUACCACGUUCAUCUGUACAAACAAUAGCACGCAAGUAUAAACACCAUGGGACCACGCAGCCGUCAUACCGCUCAGGAAGGAGACUCGUUCUGUCUCCUAGAGAUGAACGUACUUUGUUGCGAAAUGUGCAAAUCAAUCCCAUAACAACAGCAAAGGACCUUGUGAAGAUGCUAGAGGAAACCGGUACAAAAGUAUCUAUAUCCACAGUAAAAAGAGUCCUAUAUCGACAUAACCUGAAAGGCCACUCAGCAAGGAAGAAACCACUGCUCCAAAACCGCCAUAAAAAGCCACACUACGGUUUGCAACUGCACAUGGGGACAAAGAUUGUACUUUUUGGAGAAAUGUCCUCUUGUCUGAUGAAACAAAAAUAGAACUGUUUGGCCAUAAUGACCAUCGUUAUGUCUGGAGGAAAGAGGGGGAGGCUUGCAAGCCGAAGAACACCAUCCCAACCGUGAAGCACGAGGGUGGCAGCAUCAUGUUGUGGGGGUGCUUUGCUGCAGGAGGCACUGGUGCACUUCACAAAAUAGAUGGCUUCGUGAGGCAGGAAAAUUGUGUGGAUAUUUUGAAGCAACAUCUCAAGACAUCAGUCACGAAGUUAAAGCUUGGUUGCAAAUGGGUCUUCCAAAUGGACAUUGACCCCACGCAUACUUCCAAAGUUGUGGAAAAAUGGCUUAAGGACAACAAAGUCAAGGUAUUGGAGUGGCCAUCACAAAGCCCUGACCUCAAUCCUAUAGAAAAUUUGUGGGUGGAACUGAAAAAGCAAGGAUGCCUACAAACCUACUCAGUUACACUAUCUCUGUCUGGUGGAAUGGGCCAAAAUUCACCCAACUUAUUGUGGGAAGCUUGUGGAUGGCUACCCAAAACGUUCACCUAAGUUAAGCAAUUUGAAGGCAAUGCUACCAAAUACUAAUUGCGUGUAAGUGUAUGUAAACUUCUGACCCACUGGGAAUGUGAUGAAAGAAAUAAAAGCUGAAAGAAAUUAUUCUCUCUAUUAUUCUGAAAUUCACAUUCUUAAAAUAAAGUGGUGAUCCUAACUAGAGGUCAACCGAUUAAUCGGAAUGGCCGAAUUUCAAGUUUUCAUAACAAUCGGUAAUCUGCAUUUUUGGACACUGAUCAUGGCCGAUUACAUUGCACUCCACGAGGAGACUGCGUGGCAGGCUGACUACCUGUUAUGCGAGUGCAGCAAGGAGCCAAGGUAAGGUGCUAGAUAUCAUUAAAUGUAUCUUAUAAAAACAAUCAAUCUUAUCAUAAUCACUACACAGGUUGAUGAUAUUACUAGUUUAUCUAGCUUGUCCUGCGUUGAGUAUAAUCGAUGCGGUGCCUGUUGAUUUAUCAUUAAAUCACAGCCUACUUCGCCAAACGGGUGAUUUAACAAGUGCAUUGGUGAAAAAAGCACUGUGGUUUGCACCAAUGUGUACCUAACCAUAAACAUCAACGCCGUUCUUAAAAUCAAUACACAAGUAUAUAUUUUUAAACCUGCAUAUUUAGUUAAUAUUGCCUGCUAACAUGAAUUUCUUUUAACUAGGGAAAUUGUGUCACUUCUCUUGCGUUCUGUGCAAGCAGAGUCUGGGUAUAUGCAGCAGUUUGGGCCGCCUGGCUCGUUGCGAACUGUGUGAAGACCAUUUCUUCCUAACAGAGACAGCCAACUUCGCCAAAUGGGGGAUGAUUUAACAAAAGCGCAUUUGCGACUGGGAGGUCCAUGGGGCGACGCACAAUUGGCCUAGUGUCGUCCGGGUUAGGGAGGGUUUGACCGGUAGGGAUAUCCUUGUCUCAUCGCGCACUAGCGACUCCUGUGGCGGACCGGGCGCAGUGCACGCUAACCAGGUCGCCAGGUGCACGGUGUUUCUUCCGACACAUUGGUGCAGCUGGCUUCCGGGUUGGAUGCGCGCUGUGUUAAGAAGCAGUGCGUCUUGGCUUUUUUUUUGGUCCCCCAAUAAUCGGUUUCGGUGUUGAAAAAUCAUAAUCGGUCGACCUCUAAUCCUAACUGACCUAAAAUAGGGAAUUUUUACUAGGAUUAAAUGUCAGGAAUUGUGAAAAACUGAGUUGAAAUGUAUUUGGCUAAGGUGUAUGCAAACUUCCGACUUCAACUGUAUACCUUUAAAGGGAUCUAGGUAACACAUUCUUAAGCUUUACAGUCAGUAUUUGUGGACUGGUGAGUGGGUGUAGUUGUGUGCUGAAAUGUGGAUAAGAUCCUUUAGUAAACUAUUCAAUCAUGUAAUUGAAAGAUUUGUGUUAACUCAGAGCAAAUGGCUCAGGAAGGGAAAUGUAAGAAAAAACAUGUUUUAAAAAUGCUUUCAUUGCAAAAUACUUGGAAUCUAAUGAAGAAGGAAAAACUAUGCUUUAAUUACAAAAUCACUGUAAGAUCAUUUCUACAAGCAAAAGUAUUAUGCAUUUAUAACCCUAAUUAUACAUUGUGAACAUAUAGGUCCAUUAACCAACACACAGGCAUUUGUGUUAUUUAUUUUCUAUUGAAUGGUUUUAUACUGGAAAAUGCGAGACGACAAAUCUAAUCUCUACGAGAGUUCCAGAAACUUUGCAUUGAACGGAAUCCAGUGUUGUAUCUGACAAUUGACCAAGCCAGUAACCGUGCAAACUGUGUUCACAAAGCAUGCACUGUUGCACACAUCAACUAUGGCAAUAUGUAUUUAGUCUGUGUCCGUCACCUGCAUAGACCAAUGAUGUAUAUAAACCCUGGAUUGCUGAUGCAAUCCAUUGACCAUUGAGAGGCUUUGAAGCCACCGGUCGGCCAUAUUUGCACUGCCCAGUAGGAGCAGUCCUCCAUAGGAAUGAAUGGAAUUCUACAGUGUUUAAAUUACAUGUUUCAAGGACAAAAUUGCAUGUAUUUAAGUGUUUUUGUUGUUGUAGUGGCGACCGUAACAUUAGUAAUCUCCCAAAAUUAUACAUUGUAAGGAAAAUAAAUAGCUCACAAUAUAAUGUAAAAGUAUGCAAUAAGGUAUCUGUAAUAGAAUAAAUGUGGCAAAAACAAAUGUAGACAUUAAUAAAUGCAUCUCUAUUCCAUUUUUUUUUACACUGGUGGGGGGGGGGGGGGCGCCAUGUCAAGAUGGAGGCACGGUGGCUUCAACACAGCACCCUCUAUUGGUCAUAUAGUGUGUGUGUGUGUGUGUGUGUGUGUGUAUGUAUGUAUGUAUGUAUGUAUAUAUAUAUAUAUAUAAUAUAUAUAUAUAUAUAUAUAUAUCAUUGGCAUAGACCAAGUAUUUUAUCUUUAUAAACACUGAAAAAUAAACUAGAGACAAAACA